AUUGCAAUCAAUAUGAGAAAUACACAAGAAAAACACAAUGUUCUACAUAUAGUUGGCCUCAAAGCUUUUAAUCCCUCAUUACCCCCCAUAUAGAAACCCUUCUUGCGUUGUGCUUGGCUCCUUAAUUGAUCUUUGGAUCUAAUAUUCCUUCACUUGGAGAUGGCUUGUGAGAAAAACUUGCGGUUUGUUGUUUUUUUCUUAGCUGCAAUGUUAAACUUGCAGCUUUGUGUUUAUGGUCAUGGGAAUUCUCAAGUGCCUUGUCUUUUCAUCUUUGGGGACUCUUUAUCUGAUAGUGGAAAUAACAACAAUCUACGCACCGAUGCCAGAGUAAAUUACUAUCCUUAUGGAAUCGACUUCCCAGCUGGUCCAACCGGAAGAUUUACCAACGGUCGAACCGUAAUUGACAUAAUUACCCAACUUUUGGGGUUCGAGAAAUUUAUCCCACCAUUUAGAGAUACUAGCGGUUCAGACAUACUUCAAGGUGUGAACUACGCAUCAGGUGCAGCAGGGAUUCGCAAUGAGUCUGGGACACAUAUGGGUCCUGACAUCUGCUGGGAGCAACAGUUAAGUAAUCACAAAGCCAUAAUUUCGAAAAUUGCUAAGAAACUUGGGGGAAAUGACAAAGCGCAACAACACCUAAAUAAGUGUUUGUAUUAUGUGAACAUAGGCAGCAAUGAUUACAUUAACAACUAUUUCAUGCCGGAGCAUUACUCAUCAAGCCGCACUUACACCCCAUCACAGUAUGCUCAGGUUCUUCGCAGACAAUAUUCUAAGCAGAUAAAGGCUUUGCACAAAACAGGUGCAAGAAAAUUUGCAUUAACUGGGCUGAGCCUUGUAGGCUGCAUUCCACGUCAAAUUGAACUUCACGGGAGAAAAGGGUCUUCUAAAUGUGUUGAGGAGGAGAACGAAGCAGUGGUGAUUUUCAAUGACAACAUCAAAUCACUGGUUGAUCAAUUCAACAAUGACUUAUCACUUAAAAACGCUAAAUUUAUCUACAUCAAUAAUGCUCUAAUCUCAUCCGACAACCCUUUGUUACCCGGUAUGAGGAGUAUUACUGCUAAAUGCUGUGAAGUUGGGGAUAAUGGGCAAUGUGUUCCUGAUAAGAAGCCAUGCGUUCACAGGAACUUGCAUUUAUUUUGGGAUUCAUUUCAUCCUACUGAAAUUGCCAACCAAAUACUGGCCAAAUUAGCAUUUCGUGCUUCCUUUCCCUCCAUCACUCACCCAAUGGAUAUCUCCAGUCUAGCCAAGUUGUGAGAAAAAACAUGCAAAUUAAUUAAUCUCAUCCAUUAGAUUAGCAAGGGCAUAUUCUAGUUUCAGCUGAGGUCUCGAGUUUGAAUCCCAUAUGAA